CGUUGAUUCAGAACUGUUCCGGUGUUGUGACGCAAACCGGUUCCUUCGCUAAAUGAUCUCGCACCAACUGGUUGUUGAUUUCAGCACCGAAAACUCGUGACACCGGAACUGACACCGACUAACGGAGACCACGUUCCAUUACUGGAGAGACACCGACAUCUCUACGGCGAUCUCUGCAACACUCAGCAACUUGCAUCAAACUAUCUGGAUCAAUAAACAGCUCUACAGGACGUGAGCGAUGCUGCAGCGGGUGGCGGUGGUUGGUGCUGGGGCGGCGGGACUCUGUGCAGCCAGACACAUCCUGUCCCGCCUGAACAGCUUCAUCCCCCCGGUGGUGUUUGAGCUCUCUGACAGCGUGGGCGGCACCUGGUGUUACACUGACCACGUUGGGACGUACGACAACGGCCGUCCGGUUCUCAGCAGCAUGUACAGAGACCUGCAAACCAACCUGCCCAAAGAGGUGAUGAUGUUCCCUGACUUCCCCUUCGACCCCCAGCUGAACAGCUUCCUGUCUCAUCAGGAGGUUCGGACGUACCUGGAGAGAUACUGUCAGAGCCACAACAUCCGGCCGCACAUAAGGUUCAACACUGUGGUGGAAAGUGUGAAGCCUGUUGUCGAGACGACGGAGGGCGAGGAGGCGAGGACAACAUGGGAAGUGACAUCAUCAGAUUCAUCAGGUGGUCACAAAACAGAAACCUUUGACUCGGUCUUCGUCUGCUCGGGGCACUACUCCGACCCUCACAUCCCUCACAUACCAGGGAUCCAGAACUUUAAAGGGAAGGUGCUCCACAGCCAUGCAUACAGGAGUGCAGAGCCAUUCGCGGGUCAGUCGGUGGUCGUUCUCGGAGCCAGAGCUUCAGGUUUGGAUAUUUCCAUUGAACUGGCCAAAGUUGGUGCUCAGGUGACUCUGAGUCAUGGCCGUCCUCGUCUCACCUGUCCUCUACCUGCUGAGAUUCAACAGUCCAGUUCAGUGGUGGCAGUCGAGGAGGACGGCAGCCUCCGUUUCCAGGACGGCUCUGUGGGCGCUGCUGAUGUCCUGAUGUUCUGCACCGGCUACAACUUCAGCUAUCCGUUCUUGGACGCCUCUCAGCUGGGUCUAGACAUCCAGGACCACGUGAUGUCUCCCCUGUACCGCUACUUGCUGCCCCCGGCCUUCCCCUCGCUCUUCUUCAUCGGCAUCUGCAAGGUCAUCUGCCCCUUCCCCAACUUCAACUGCCAGGUCCAGUUCGCUCUAUCCGUGCUGGACGGCUCCGUCACUUUACCGUCUGCAGCCCAGAUGGAGGAGGAGGUCCGGCAAGAGCAGCGGGAAAAAGAGGAGCACGGAGUCCUGCAGCGCCACCUGGUGAUCAUGGACCAGGAUCAGUGGGAGUACUGCAACAUGUUGGCUCGCACCGCCGGCUUCCCGCUGCUGCCGCCCGUCGUACGCAGGCUGUAUGAGGAGGUGGGGCGACAGCGACAAGUUCACCCUAAAAACUACCGGAGGAUCAACUACAGGCUGAUCAAUGACGUCGAAUGGGAGGUGAUCGAUUGAUUAAUGGAGGAGGUGGAGCAGGUGGACAAAAUCACUAUGACUCAACAAAGGGUUAUAAACAAUCAGGAAACAAAGUCCAGCAAACAUGCUGAGACUGUCAGAGGUGUUGAUUCACCUCAACGCUCGUUUUGUCGCUGAACGUUAAACAAAUUUGUCUUUUAUUCGUUCUGCUUAACACCAGCACUCCAGAUUGAAUCAUGCACCAUCUUGAAUUGUGAAUGAAUAUCAAAUGAAGUUGUGUUUUUGCAGAAAGAUUCAAGAAGUGUGUCUCAAUCGCAUACUUCUGUUAGUACACUUCAAUAUAGUACAGUACGUACACUACAUACUUCUUGCGUGGUGCACUAAUUUCAACAGUGAGGUGGUGGUAGUGUUGUCUCAAACUGCGCACUGUCAUUUUGCACUUACGGGAAGUGACAAUAGCUUCUUCUUUUUUUUUUUUCUUUUUUUUUUUACCGCCUCUUCUUUGUCUUUCCUUUAAAUCGCCAACAUUCGCCCGCUAUCUCCUGUCACACAAAAAUCAAACUUACGCUACAACAUCAGUGCUGAUAAAAAUGAGCUAGGAGCAAGUUAGCUAGCUAGAGAAUGCUAACGUUAGCUAGCAAACUAACGUUAGCAUUCACGCUAUUGUUCACUGUACCAAAUCAUCACAGACUCAACAUACAUUACUGACGCCUUCUAUUCUACAACAGUUUUGGUACUUGGUGAAAAAGAUUGCGACCGUUGACUUUUGGACCGUUUUGAAAGGGCCAGUAAUACACUGCAUUUUACUUUAUAUGCAGUGUGAACACACUUAGCACACUCAGGAUAUGAAGCGUUUAGUACAUAAGUAUGCGAUUUGAGACACAAUGUCAGGCUCCCGAGAGGAUGAAUCCUACAGACUUUGGUGAUCCUCUGACUUUUCAUCUAGCGCCAUCAUCAGGUCAACAUGUUGAUGUGUUCAGUACCUGCAGAACUAAUGACAUUAACAUCAGCCUUAACUGUGUUUACUGAUAAUCAGCUAAUGUUAGCAUGCUAACAUAUCAAACUUAAAUGGUAAAUAUUACACAUGCUAAAUAUUAGCAUGUUAGUGUUGUCAUCAUGGGCGUGUUAGCAUUCUAAUAUUUCCAUUUACAGCAAAAGUGCCCCAUUACUAAUAUUUUGUUCACUACCAUGAAAUAAUCUCCCAGCUCUGUGGACAGCUGCACUUUGUGUUUACUGCUGGUUAACGUGCUAACUGUCAGUAAGGGUUAAUAUUGCUUUUAAAAGUCUGACAGACAGAAGGAUAGCUGUGGUAACAGGUGGAAACAUAGCACCUACUACCCACACUCCGGUCUCCACUGGUUAGCUAAUGUUAGCCUUGGCUGCUCUGCACUGCGUACCAGCCACGUCGAGUGGGAACUAGCUAGCGGUGGCAAUCAUUUGCGAUUACUUCUGGUAACACUGUCCCAAUGAAGGGAGGAUGUUGCUGUGGAAAACCGCACCCACCCUCCCGUCUCCCCCCAGGUUGCUCCAGUGAGUAAGUUUGACCCACAAACCCCCUUUAGCAUUGUUAACUAUGUUAGCACUAUUAGUCUUGCUGACACUGCUAACUAGGGGUGGGAAUCACCUGAGGACAUGCUGUUAUAUUAUUGCAAUAUGCUGAGUAUUGCGAUGCAAUAUAUUGUGAUAUAUCCAAAAUAAGUCCAGAUGUUUGAUUUUAACGCUAACGGCACAUUUCUGAUUUCGUUCUCCGGUGCCUCCAUCUUUGUUUUGAUGAACUUCGUGCCAAAUACUGCUGACUGAGACCUCUGCUAACCUCACCAGGAAAAAAACAUCAGCACCAUCUAGUGGACCGAAAGAGCAACUGAAUUUAUUAUUGUGGUACCAAAAGUUUUAUUAAAAUGUGUCUUUGCAAAAAUUUAUUUAGAUAACUUGUAGUGACAUUAGCUAGUCACUUAGUGUCGCACCAACAUUUCAAGAGCUUAGCUAACGUUAGGGCACCAUAGCUCUUUUUUACAUUCGGUACUUGAAAGAGCUGCAAAAACUAUUAAUGUGACUGACGUACACCUUCUGGUGAAAGCGAGCAGUAUAGGUCCAUAGAGCUGACCAUCCUCUUCAUAAACUUGACAGUGAUUUUCUUCAUUUCAGUAGCUUGCUAGGCUAGCUGACUGGCUAACCUCGCUGUCACAAUGAUCAAAAACGACGUUUACAAAAACAAUCAGCAAAUGCUAUUAACAAUAUGUACAAAGUUUGCACAGUUAGCUUUGUACAUAUUGUUAAUAGUAUUUAAUGUUUGUUUAUACAUUAGUGGUUUUGAUUAGUUCAAGGUAACUAGCUAAUGUUAGUCACUCAGUGUAGCACCAACCUUAGCCUUAUUUUAAGAGCUAACGUUCGGUCGCUAUGGCUCUUUUCUACACUCUGUGUUUUGAAGAGCUACAAAAAUUACUGACGUGCAUCGUCUUGUAACAGCGAGCAGUAAAGCUCCAUACAGCUGACCGUCCUCUUCAUAAACUUGACGGUGCUUUUCCUCAUUUUUUGUAGCUAGCUAGGCUAGCAGACUAUUUAAAGGUUAAUAUCAAACAGGAAAAAAUGCAAACAUAAACUACUAAAAAUAUUAAACUAAAAACAUACUAAACUAAGAUGGUGAACAUUGUAAACAUUAUUCCUGUUAAACACCAGCGUGUUAGCAUAAUAGAGCUGCUAGCAUGUUGACUCUUAGUGAUGUUUAGACUCAGUUUGUCUCGUUUUAGGUCAUAAAAAUAUUUCUAAAAAGGUUUAAGGUAUUUCUGUGUCAGAGGGCAAAUACUGCCUUUGAAUUAUUUCUUUGAGAAAAGUGAAAUUAUGAAUAAAUGUAGAAAUAUAAAUGAAGAAACUGUUUCAGUGUUCGAUCAAACAAUGAUAUCCUCUGCAGAAAAUGUUUAAAGUGCAGGCGGAGGGUUCAGACUGAUGACACAGAUGUUAGUCUGUGUCAGAAUUCAUUCCCAGAUGAGUGUGAGAUGUGAUGUACGGCUUCCUUCAGUGUUUCAGUUCAACAGUCUGAGCAGCAGAUGUGUGAUUAAUCAUUCCUGAGAGUGAGCGGAUCCACACGUUAACCAUGAACGAGGCCGGGGACACAGAGAGCUGAUGUCAACAACAGACUUUAAUCCACAUAUUUUGCCACAAAACGUCAAAAUACACACAAAAAAAGAGGUGUGACGUCACAGACUGACCUGAGCUCAAAAACAACAACAACAACAACAACAACAACAACAACACAUGAAGCAGUGAACGUCCGUCAUGCAGAGUGUCCUCUGUGGAGGUAAUACAUUCAGACAGUAACAUGGCUGCCGCUCAGUGAUUUACAUGACAUUUAAACGUAUUGAUUACAUGUUCCAGGACUGAUUGACUGAAGGUUUGUCUUUACUAACACGAGGAGGAAAAAGUCUUAGUCAGCAGGCCGUUAAUGCUCCACAGAGCAGCGUCAGAUCUUCCAUCACAGGGUCAAAGGUCAGCUCCGUAAUGGCAAGAGGAGGUCAUGUUCACAAGUUAAAAUGGGUGUCACUGCCCUUUAAACCCCUCAAGUGGCAAUAAUGUCAUGUGGGCAGAAGUGAGUUUCAUUUAAUGUUUUCUACUGAAUCUUUUAAAUUCGUGCCUUCAACAAUAUGCAGUUCCACCCCCGGUCCUCUGUGGGAGGCAGAAUAAAGGUGAUGAGUUAAUGUGCAUUGAAUUUAUCUGCUGAGUGUGUCAAACUCUCUUUAGUUGAAGCUUCUAAAAUGAUUUUCUGUUUUGUAUCAGUGAACUGAACGUUUGUGGUUUGGACCUCUGGUCGGACAAAAUGAAACAUCUGAAGACGUCACCUUGGACUCUACUAGUGGACGUCCACUAGUUUUUGGCAUUUUAGUUUAUAUAGAAGAUUAAGAAUAUCAUUUUAUAAAUCAAAAGAUUAAUUGAUAAUUAAAAUAUUCUUUUAUUUUUUCCCUAAAAUAAAACACAAGAAACAUUC